AUGAACAGCGAGAGAAUCCCGUCUCUGCCAUUGCCAACUCCGCAUCAGGCGUACUCAUCCGGUACUUCAUCUCCCCGGGUCAGUUCCAUCGGCUCUGCUUCAAGCCAACACGCGGGCUCGCAGUCGUCCUUCACGUCGGCCGCAUCUUCCAACGGCCCCAAGACGCCCUCUCCCACCUUACCCAUCAACUCGGCGAUUCCUGGAUCUUCGAGCCAAUCCAUUGGUGGAUACGAUCACUACCCCGCCAUGAAUCAACCUGCAGCCGAUAUGUACUACUCGCAACAUAUGUCCGCCGGCCAGGCGCCGCCGCCUCAGACCGUGACCUCCGGCAACAUGUCUUACCACCAGCCUCCGCCGUUGCAGCCGAGCCAUUUGCCUCAGUACACUCAAACGACCCAGUACGGCCAGCCUUACGGGUAUACCAAUGGCCUGACCUCGCCCCAGAACGCUCCCCCCGCUGUGAACAACGGAAUGGGCGGCCAGAAUGUCCUUCCUCUGCCCGGCGUCUCUACCCAGGGCUUCCAGGGCUUUGACACGACUGGCCAGCCGAGGGUCACUGCUACUUUGUGGGAGGAUGAGGGAAGCUUAUGCUUUCAGGUAGAGGCACGAGGAAUUUGCGUUGCGCGCAGAGAGGACAAUCACAUGAUCAAUGGUACUAAGCUGUUGAACGUUGCGGGGAUGACUCGUGGCCGCCGUGAUGGAAUUCUCAAAAGCGAGAAAGUGAGACAUGUCGUCAAGAUUGGCCCCAUGCACUUGAAGGGUGUUUGGAUUCCGUUCGAGCGGGCCUUGGACUUUGCCAACAAGGAGAAGAUCACCGAGCUUCUCUACCCCCUCUUUGUCCACAACAUUGGUGCUCUGCUGUAUCACCCUACAAACCAGACCCGCACCAACCAGGUCAUGGCCGCUGCCGAACGCCGCAAACAAGAACAGAGCCAGAUGCGUGGCGCUCCCCAAACUGGAGGCCCUGGACUGCCAUCUAUCCAGCAGCAUCAUCACCACUCCAUGGGCUUGCCGGGACCUCAGCAGUCUCUGCCCUCGCAUGCUAACAUGGGCCGUCCCGCUCUUGACCGGGCUCACACCUUCCCCACACCCCCAACUAGCGCUUCCAGCGUGAUGGGUGGCAGUAUGGGCGCUUCUGACAACGGGUUUCAAUGGGCCCAGUCCCAGAAUAUGGGUACUGCUCAAGCCCAAAACCCCAUGUCUAUUGACACGGGUCUGAGCAAUGCCCGCUCCAUGCCUGCGACACCGGCUUCAACGCCGCCAGGCUCGACCAUCCAGAACAUGCCAUCGUACCAGCAGUCUGGCACGCAACAAUAUGACAACUCGCGGCCCAUGUAUAACCAGUCUGCUCAGCAGUCCCCUUAUCAGACUACCAACCAGGCCUCGCAAGAUCGCGCCGUCUACGGGCAAAGUGAUCCGUAUGCCAAGAACGACAUGGGUCCUCCGUCAGCACGACCCGCCACCUCUGGCGCCCCUCAAGAUCAGAAGCCCACAAAUGGCAUCAUGCACCCCGACCAAAGUGCUUCCCAGCCUGCCGGCGAGGAGGAGGCAGAGCACGAGCACGAUGCCGAGUACACCCACGACAGCGGCGCUUACGAUACCAACCGUGGGUCUUACAACUACUCUGCCCCCGCUGUUGGAACGCUUCCUGCUGAACAUCAGCACCUGUCUCCCGAAAUGACAGGCUCGCCUGGCCACCCGCCCGCAUCUGGUCGUGCCACCCCUCGCACUGCCGCCGCACCCCAGCCAUACUACUCCCAGCAGGCUGGUUACAACACCCCCCCACGUGUCGCCCAGCAGUCGUCCAGCAACCUGUAUAAUGUAAUGAGCAACGAUCGCAGUUCGGCUGCCGCGGGCGCUAACGAUGUCUAUCAGCCUCAAGCAGACAUGGGCCCCAUGUCAAACGGCUACCCAUCCCAGAUCAACGGCUCCUCUGGUGGCAUUAAGCGUGGCCGUGACGACGACGAUGAUCUGCAGCGUCCGCUCAGCGGUGGCGGCAUGGACCUCAAGCGCCGCAAGACUCUGAUGAACUCGGCGGUCCCUUCUUACGACACCAUGGCCCGAGCUGCUCCGGUGAUGACUCAACAACCUCAGCGAAGGUAA